GAGAAAAGAAAAAAGUUAAGACCUUUAGGUUCCUCUCCCUCUCAACAAGUUUGAAGAUAUCCAAGAGUGCUUUCAGAGAGAGAGAGAGAGAGAUGGGAAGGGCUCCUUGUUGUGACAAGGCAAAUGUGAAGAAAGGGCCAUGGUCCCCAGAGGAAGAUUUAAAGCUGAAGGAAUACAUUGAAAAAUAUGGAACUGGUGGAAAUUGGAUUGCUCUUCCUCAAAAAGCUGGUCUGAAGAGAUGUGGGAAAAGCUGCAGGCUCAGAUGGCUUAACUAUCUACGGCCUAACAUUAAACAUGGAGAAUUCUCAGAUGAGGAAGACAGAAUCAUCUGUAACUUGUUUGCUAACAUUGGAAGCAGGUGGUCAAUUAUAGCUGCUCAGCUGCCAGGCAGGACUGAUAAUGAUAUCAAGAACUAUUGGAACACCAAACUCAAAAAGAAGCUCAUGGGUUUGGUCCCUCCAAUUUCUCAGAGAAAAAUUCCACUAGUACCAUUUCCUAACUCUUCUCAUGAGGCCACUACUACUAUUACCACUUAUAAUCAACCACCCCUACUUCCAUCAACCUCACUUUAUAGGUCUUUUUCUUCAGGCUUAGAGCAUCAAAUGUCAAAUAUAUUAUUGUCCUCCUCUUAUCCGAACACCCCACCUUGUGGUACUACUUCAUUUAAUUUCCAAACUCAAAUGCAAGAGAAGUAUUUGGUUGGUAGUACUACUACUAAUAAUAACCCUAUCCCGUAUAACUAUAUCCCUGUGAACGAUAACAAUGUUCUGGCUUUUGGAAGUGAUCAAGGAAGAAGCUGUAGUAGCUCAUCUGAUGGGAGCUGCAACCAACAGAUUAAGCAAGAGGAACAAGUGGGUUUUCAUAAUCAUCCUCAAGGAUAUAACAUUAACAUGGGUAAUUUUAAUGGUUUUGAAGAACAGAUGAUGAUCAACUAUGAUAAUCACCAAAACCAGAUCUGGGGUGGUCAAAAGUCAAAUGGGUAUUUUGGAGAGAGCUCAUUAGAGAAGUACUCAUGCGGUCUUGAUCAAGAUCUUGAUAAAGAUCAUGCUGUUAAGAUUAGUAGUAGUAGUAGUAAUAAUAAUUAUAUUAUUAAUUUUGAUGAAAACAAGACACAGGACAAGGUCAUUUACUUCUACUAAAUAUAUUUAUAUAUAUUAAUAUUAUUUUCAUUUUGAGUUGAGAUAUGACUGACUGCAAGUGAUGAAAUCAGAAAGAUUUGAUGGGGUAAGGGGCAUGGUCGUGCGGUGGGGCAGUAAAAGAUUCAGAGAGAUCGAAAAGAAAAAGGAAAAGAGAGACUUUAUUUGAGGAGGAGUUGAUAUGGGAUGGUUUUGUUUUGAUGAAAUGAAACAUUUGUUUUCUUCGAAAGUA